GCACUGACGAAACAGAGGCGUCGGCGGCGCAGCCCGUUCUUCACGAGGGGUCCGAAAGGAGCGGCCCUGGCAGGCGAGCGUAACACACCGCGCGUACAGAAAGAACGGUCGUCACGAUUCUUGGUGCGGCGGCGGCGGCUGCGUUUCCGGCUAUCAGGAGUGACCUCCUCCCGCAGCGGCGCCAUUCUUCCCUCGCAGCGCACGUCGCCGACGUCGACCCGCGCCUCGCCAGCAGGCUGGCUCGUUCGCUCGCCUGCGACGGCGAAAGCGCUCGUGCAGUCGUGAGCCAGGAGGUAUCGCGCACAAUGACGCCGCCGCCGCCGCCGCUGCAGCUUGGCCGCUGGUAACGCGAACGGUGCUCUGGCUCCGUCAGUCGCGUCCAGCGGGACCACGCUUGGACGGCUCGCGCAUGCGCCGAAGAAUAUUCAGCGCGGCUUGGAUAUGAUCCUUACGGCGACGGGUGAGUGCGGUAUUACAAAAGACGCCGAUCUCGAUGACUGUGCUGGAGCGGCCUCGCCUGCCUUCGAGAGGCCCGCGUUUCAAAGGCAGACGUCCGAGGUCAUCUCUGCCAUCGAUGAACCAACGGAGAACAUCAAUCUUAGCUGGAAUGCACCUGAGUUCUACAAGAGGUUGAAGCGCUUUCGGCGGACUCAACUUGAAUAUGACACUUGGAACCCGAACCGCUGGGCCAGCUGUCCCGAGGUGGUCAACCCGUCGCCCCAGACACUGAUCACGCCGAAUCCCGGCGUGCGCUUCUAUGUCGGCACGAGCCCUUCGGGCCAGAGCAUCAGCGAUGAGGAUGAGGAGCAACGACACAAGACGUACCUCUACUACCUGCUCAGCACUACACGGAGCGCGAGCUCAGAAAUCCGCUUCCUGGACCUCUUCCAGGAGGCACAGGACAAUAUCCGCGCCCUUCCUCGGCAAGAGAGCAACUCGACGUUAGACGUGAUACUCUCCUCUCGGCAACAGCUGUCCUGCUCCCCUUCACAUUCCUCUGCCGCCGGCCAGCGAGCCUCUUGGUCCUCUGGCGGCGGUGACGAGUGCUUCAACCGGAAGCGGUUGGUGCUUUACGCCCAAGAAGAGACCGGGGCCGGUGAGGUGUUGCCUCUUGGUCACCAACACCACGCCUACUCUCAGCCCGUCAGUCACGAAGGAUCGCGCGUGAGCGUGGCCACUAUCAGCGCGUCUGUAAGCGAGAAGGUGACGCUGCCGAGGAGGCUGUGCAAAGAUGCUCGCGACAUCCGCAACGGCGGCGUGUGGUGCCGCGCGUACGACAAUCCGUGCUUCGUCGCAACGGGAAGCCCAAAGUCUUCGUUCCAGAACAAGGCUUCUGCAACUGUUCGCACCUGUGUUAGCAAUGGCGAAACCCGCGUGGUGGCGCAACAGCCGUCACCCGUGCCGCCUUCCGAUGCGCUGUUUCAACCGGACCAGAAGUGCAGUGUGUUCGACGCGCGAAGAUUGAACGCCAUUCUCCGUUACGUGUUCUGCUGCGACUGCUGCGUGUGGGAUGCGGGCCGCGCGCGUCGCCCGACGGAAUCCUAGGGGUGGCCGCGUCAGCGUGAGCUACGUACUCUAGGUAGGGCUUGUGAUAUGAUAAUGCCGCGAGUUUUAAAUGUACGAACUGCCUCGCCAUUAGGCUGAAUGUGGAGUGAACGAUAGUUUGCACCACAUCGUUCGCCUUUUAUUAGACGUAUAAAUCGGACAGAUCUUGUCAACACGUCAGCCAAGGACUUUUCCAAAGAAGGUUUGUAUAGUGAGAAAGUUUUUAGCGGUUAUUUCGAAUGUUUAGUAUUGACAUAAAACAAGACACCAAGUGCCUUUUA